UCGCGCACAUCAAUUCUGUGUUUAUGAUACACGGGAUCGUGGUUACGAAUUUCCUUCUUCUACACUUGUUUUGUGCUUAUUUAAUAUGUAAGCCCUAGCAAAAUUAAGUAAGCUUGGAAAAUUAAUAUUAAAACGUUCUGCAGAACAAAAGAUCGCUUAUGUUUGACUUGUUGUUAAACUUCUGCCAUGGAAUCUAAUGCAGCGUCGAGAGAAAACUCAAGCAGCGAAGCACCACCUUUAAGUCCGGCUCAGGAUACCGGGAUCAACGCUGAUUCUAUUACAACCGGGAAAACGGGAAACAGUGGACGACAGCCUGUUGAUACUAUCGAGCGGGCCGUUAAAGAUGUUCCACCGCCAAAUUCACAGCGGUUGACGGAUAGCGAAGUAUACCUGGGCACUUCCAAAAUCCCAAAUCCCGGCAUCCUUAAAACGCAUUUUUACAAAGAAGGCCGACUGGCGGAAUCCGUGGCACUGCGGAUUCUCAACGAAGUAAAGCACGUCUUGCGUAAGGAACUGAACUUGUUAAUCAUCCCGCAGCCGGUAACGAUCUGCGGCGAUAUACACGGACAAUAUUACGAUCUCAUAAAUCUGUUCAAUUAUGGCGGUGAUGUGGCUACGACGCGCUAUCUCUUCUUGGGUGAUUACGUUGAUCGUGGCAAUUUCGGUAUCGAAUGCGUACUGUAUCUGUUCGCCCUGAAACUCUCUUAUCCGCAGACGUUUUUUAUGCUGCGCGGCAAUCACGAAUGCCGGCAUUUGACGGAAGCGUUCAGUUUCAAACUGGAGUGUGAAGUCAAAUAUUCGGAAGCGGUGUACAAUGCAUGCAUGGAGGCGUUCGAUGCGCUCCCAUUGGCGGCCGUGGUCAAUGGGCAGUUCUUGUGUGUACACGGUGGAUUGUCGCCGGAAAUCACCACACUCAAGGACAUUUUUCGGAUCGACCGCUUCAAAGAACCGGACAGUAGCGGGCCGUUGUGUGACAUCCUGUGGUCGGAUCCAGCGGAGAAUUUUGGUAACGAAACGGAUGCGGAAAACCUGUACCUCGAUAAUCCCGAACGAGGAUGCUCUUACAUGUACACAUAUAAAGCUUGUUGUAAAUUCCUGACGGAUAACAAACUCUUGUCUCUAAUUCGAGCGCAUCAAGUCGAAUAUGCCGGAUUUAAGCAGUACAAAGCCACGACACUGGGAUUUCCGGCGCUUUUUACUGUAUUUUCUGCGCCUAACUAUCUGGACGAUUAUAGAAACAAGGGGGCAGUGCUGAAAUAUGAGAAUAAUAAGAUGAAUUUUAAGCAAUUCAAUGCCGUGCCACAUCCGUACUGGCUGCCAGAUUUCAUGAAUGUCUUCACAUGGUCAUAUCCCUUUGUAACGGCAAAAAUCAAGGAAAUGACGGUGGCGCUUCUCAGCAUAUGCACAGAUGAGGAACUGGAAAAGGACAAAACCGAUAUGGCCAAACGAAAAGCGGUAAUCAAGACCAAAAUAAGAAGUAUCACGGAAUUCCGGUCAAUGUACGAAAUGAUAAAGGAGCAACUGCAGAACAGCGAAACAGAAUCGCAGUUCCCAAAAGGGCUGACAGCACCCAAUCCGGAAGACACCGAGAACAUCCCUGCCUCCAAACAAGAACGUUUCGAGCAUGCAAAAAUUGUGGAUAAAGUCAAUGAGCGCUUGCCAGUGCUGCGCCGACAAAGCAGUCUACCGGAUGUAAAGCAAGCGGACAGGGAAACCGGAAAGAGCCCGAUCACUGCCAACGACACGACACGUUUGUAAAAACUCUGUUUGCCAUAUUCUGCGAGAAAAAUUCAUACGAAAGUGAGGUUUAAUACCACAACAAUGCUGUGGAAAGUUUGCAAUACAGUUUGCAUUGUUCCAACAGUUACACCUACUGAGUAAGUACAUCUUCGAAAAAAAAGAUUGUACGUACAACUUGUUAAUAAAAACUUCAAAAUGCCGGUUAUCAUACU